CAUAUGAAAUUUUCAUUUUAUUUUGUUUCAGUAACUUAUGUAAAUUUUCACUUGUCGAAUCGGAAAAUGUGAAAAUUUGCGAAAAACUUGCACCUCAACUGAGAGAUCAUAAUAAUGAAGAGUGUUCAUCGACGAUUGUGAUUAUGUAAAUGAAGCAAAUAUCGAAAUCAAUUGAAAAUUUCAAUGUUAUAAUGUGCUCGAACAUAGUAAAUAAAACGGAAAAUUGUGAAAAUAUUAAGUUUAUCACCGAUGCAUAGAAGAACGAAUUCACAAGCUUCUGUGAUAUCACUGGACAGCGCUGAAUAUUUUCAAACAUUAUUCGGUACACAGUGUCCAUCCGAUAACGGUCAUCAUCGACAAAAUAAGAUUCGUUCAACAUUGCAAUCGAAACCGUCCGCGGAAUCGAUCAAAUAUCCACAUGUCGUCAAUCCAAAUUAUCCACCUGUGAAAAGCAAAACGACACAAUUGACGGACAGUUCGUCACCGAUUCUCUACCGCACAUCCGAACUGAUAACUUCCAAUCUGAAAUUGGAAAAUUGGUUCCACAAAACCGUUAGCAAUGAUCGAUUGUUUACCGAUCAUCAGCAGUUCAUUAACACCGACGACAAUCAAUUGCAACAUUUAGGACUAUGUUGUGCGCAUAUCGUCGGUUUCGUAGCGGUGAUUAUAUUAUUGAGUCAGUACUUCGGCAUUCGAAUUGUUGAAAAGUGUGAAAAUUCGAAUGGCUCACCGCGGACAAUUUUUGAUGUGAUUGUUGAUCCGGUCAACAUUGACGCUGUGUUCGAAUUCAAUUACAUCGAUGAGUACGUGAAAUGGAAAAAGCAUAGCACGAAAGUGAUUAGAAAAUCCUCGACCGUGAUCGGUAUUAACGAUUCCGGAUGGGGUGGUGUCGGUCAGUCGUUCCGAGACAAGACUGGCCUAAAGCGGGAAUGGUUGCUAAAGAAACGAAAGUGUGUGUCAGUUGGUCCGGUCCUAGUUGAAAUUGAAUGUCCGGUGCGUCUCGACCAUGACGAUAGAAAUGUGAACGACAGUGAUAAUGGGAAGUGUGCGGAAAAUAAAUUAGUGAAACGAAAAGAAAGUGAUGGUAAUAGCACUACUGGAUCAUAUACAACAUGUUAUGUAUCAGAGCCUCGUGCAUCCAUUUCGUCGGUAAAAGAUGUAUACCCUGGAUCACCAGACAGCAGUUUGUACGGAUCGGAUGAAGAGCAAGAAGAUGCUUCACAGUACUGUCGAGGCGGUUAUCAUCCGAUUGUCAUUGGCGAUGUGUUCGAUAAUCGAUAUCGUGUUGUUCGAAAGCUUGGUUGGGGCCAUUUUUCAACGGUUUGGCUGUGCCGUGACAUUGAAUGUGAGAAAUACGUGGCAUUAAAGGUUGUUAAAAGUGCCACACAUUAUACAGAAACGGCGACGGAUGAAAUUCGUCUCUUGGAAGUAAUACGCGAUGCAGCGCCAUACGAUCCGUUUGCCGGAAAAAUCGUACGUCUUCUUAACCAUUUUACAGUAAGGGGAGUAAAUGGAGUGCAUACCUGUAUUGUGUUUGAAGCACUGGGAUGCAGUCUGUACAAAUUGAUUGUCAAAAACAAUUAUCAAGGUCUGGCAAUACAACAAGUCAAAUCGAUCAUUAAGCAGGUGCUGCAAGGCCUAGAAUAUCUACAUACCAAAUGCAAUAUUAUCCACACGGACAUUAAACCCGAGAAUAUCUUACUGGUAAUCGAUAAUGCUGCUGCAAUGAACCAACAGAUCGAUGACGAAAUAGCAAGUCUAAAAGUGCAGGGCGUUGAGUUUCCGGACUCAUAUGUGAGUGCAUUCGAAAAAAAGAGAAACAAGUCUAAACUGACUGUUUCAUCGACCAAUACAACAACCACCACAAAUACUCAAUCGACGAAUGCCACAAGUCUAGACAUUUCAACGACCUCGGAAGAAGAUCCACCAUCAACGGCUUCGUCGAGCUAUUACCGAUUUAAUUUGGAUAAUUACGAUGAGGACAUUUCGAAUUUCGGUGCAACUGCCAGUAUCGUUAACCGAUACAAAAUGGAGCGUAAAAAUAGUCAAAGUCAUGCAGGGAAGAUGUUGAUAACAUCGAACAGCCGCGAUGAGCCAGAGAGCAAAGUAAACAUUCCAUCUACCCAGUCGUACUCGAAUGCAAUUCAAACGUUAAUCAACAGCAGCAACGUUCGGGUCAAGAUUGCAGAUCUGGGAAACGCAUGCUAUGACUAUCAUCAUUUCACCGAAGACAUUCAGACGCGUCAGUAUCGAUCCAUUGAAGUAUUACUUGGUGCACCGUAUAACUAUACCGCCGACAUUUGGAGCACGGCCUGUCUGGCAUUUGAAUUGGCAACUGGCGAUUAUUUGUUCGAUCCGCACGGUGGCGACGACUAUACACGGGACGAAGACCAUUUAGCUCAUAUCAUAGAAUUAUUGGGUGUCAUACCGCCUAGUCUAAUUUUUCGGGGAAAGCAUGGACUAAAAUAUUUUACUAGUUAUGGUAAUUUACGAAACAUAACAAAACUAAAGCCAUGGAGUCUCUACAAUGUCCUAGUGGAGAAAUAUGACUGGGAUCCUAAUGAGGCAAGAAAAUUUUCAGAAUUUUUACAACCAAUGCUUGCAUUCAAUCCUAAUGAACGAGCCACAGCAGCGCAAUGUUUAAAGCAUCCUUGGUUGGAUUUGAAUUAAUUUUGUUUUUUAUUCGAGGUUUUUGUUUUUCGGUUUUCUGUUAAGGAGACACAUCUAAUGCAAAAUUGUAUUUGAAUUAAUUGUGUGUGCCCCAGCCGGUGUUUUGUUUAGAUUUUUCAAUUUUAUUUGUUUUCCGUUUCCGUUUCGGAUUCGACGGACAGAAAUGGCAAGGCGGAAAACAUUUGAAUUUGAAUGAAAUUAGUUGUUGACGAUUGAUUAAUUAUUGAAUUUACCAAAACGAAAAAUUGAUUGAUUUUUCAAAGUGCUGCUUAAUGAUUUUGUGAUUUGGUUAUGGAACUGGAAAACACAAAACUUAAUUAUAUUUACAGAAUGAUUUUUAGAAGAUUGAACUCGGUAUAUAUUCGAUGAUUGAAUAUUAGAAAAAUUUAUGAAAAUAUAAUAUUUAA